AUGGUCAACCCAUCAGACCCUUCACAAAAACAACCGCUGGUUGCGAUGGGAUCGACAACCCCCAAUCUCCUUCCAAUCCCUUCAGCCUUCACACGCUUCAUCGACCACGCGACGUGGGGCGACGUCGACGAGGUCUUCACAGGCCAGUCAGAGCCGAAGAAAAUAGGCUCAUACAUCGCCUACGCUAUCGCCCAGUGGGAUCAUGACAAGUUGAUCAGCCGAGACCUCUGGCGUCACUUCGUCAGAGACUUCAACGGAUGGACCGUCGAUGUGUUCAGCGCUGCCGGGAAUGUCAUGAGGGAGAUCCUGAGAGAUACCCUCCGCGAGCGAGGGGUAUACGUGGCCAAGAACCGAGAGAGCAUUGCCACCAACCUCUCCGAAUGUCUCGAACACCAAGGUUAUCACGAGUGGUCACGCGAGGAAGUAGAGGAGGUGGCCAGAGACGCCUCGAAGUUCAGGAUCGCCAUCCAAGAUGACGACUUCUUCCGCGACAUCACAGGAGCCGACGUUAUCUUCGCAAAAGUGCCGCAGUCACAAGAGGAUCGCCGAGACACCAUGGCUCGAGUCCGAGAACACCGGCAGGAGGCCAUUGACAACGCAAAGGCCAUGGAAGAGUUGCUUGGCGACACCGCCGAUCGACUGCGACGUCCAGCACCAGUCCCAUCAGGGCGUGAGACAUCUCCAAUCUCAUUCACGAAACACCCCAACGUAGAUACUCGACCUCGACGGUCAGCAAGAUUCUCAUUCAUGGACCCCAAUGAUGACGAGUACAUCCUCAGCGGCGACGAAGAUGACCACGGCGGUCCCCUCGCCCGAGGCGACACUCAACACCGAAGAAACUCCCCGCGCCCGCCACUGCCUCCGCCGACGGGCUUCACUCAUCUCCGCAGCAACGAAGAGGACCGUAUACAGUCGAGACAGUUGGGGGAUCUCGCACGCAUCUUGAAUACAGACAAGAUGAAGUACGGUGGGGAGAUGUAUGAUGUCUUUGACAUGAAGGUUGCCGUCUUUCUUGAUGCCUGCUCGAAGGUUGAUAUCAAGCCGCAACACUACGCCCUCGCCUUCUCGUUAAUGCUUCGCGACAAGGCUGCCGAUUUCUAUUAUCGACGCAUCUGCAAGCCCGGUGUCAAGGAUUUCACUGUCAUGACGAACAUGGUCCGUAACCACUUCGAGACACCCCAGAUGAAGCAGUCAUAUAUCUCCGAAUGGCGAGAUACCACCUUCGUCAACGUCAGCGAGAGGAACCCAGACAAGUCGAAGACGGAGGUCCUGGAGAUCCUCAUCGAGCGACUUGAAGUCAUCCAGAGGGCACUCCCCGACAGCAUGCAGAAUGAGGAGGCCAUGAAGAUGCAGCUCCUCAAUGCCUGCGCUGGGAUCGAGGAGUGCAAUCUCUGUCUUUAUAACCCAGCCCCUACACUCGAAGGAGUCUGCUCACAGCUUCGGUCAUCGAUCGCGACCGCAAUGCGUGUUGUCCCUCAUCGACAGUACCCAUCUGGAGGGAACAACCAAUACGUCACGGAUCGACAAUACCGCGGCUCCGGCAGAGAUAACCGCUUCGGAAGAAGAGCACCUUCACAAGGCAACACGUCUUCGGACAACAGUCGUGACAGAGGUCCUCCGACCGACAAGAAGUGUUACGUCUGUCGCCAGCAUGGAUGUUACUCCACGCGUCACACUGCAGACGAACGACGUGAAGCCUACGCGAAGUUCAAGAGCAACAAACACGUGAAGGAACCGUCGAAAAAGACAUACACGUCCUUCCUCGCCAGCUACGAAGGGUGUGACUACAACAGCUCCAGUGACGAAGAUAUCCGUCACCACCUUGAGGUUACCCCUGCUGCCAGCCUCGGCGACGAGUCGGACCUCGAAGAGGGCGGCUAUGACAAUACCUUCAUGGUCAGCACGGCCUUCUUCGGCGAAAAGAGCUUCGACGGAGGAGCCCUUACAUCAUACCUUGCCGAUCGGUCCGUUCGUCAUCGACUGACGAAGACCGACGAAUACCGUGAGAAGCCGAAGGGCGAGGCAACGACCUUCACACUCGACCGAUACUCAUCGGAGGUAUUCCAGGGCAUCCUUCCGGAUACCGGCGCCGCCAACUUCUCCACAGCAGGUCAACACCAAGUGACAGCCCUUCAACGCACACAUCGUGACGUGACGAUCGAUACGUCACAAGUCGGAGAAGCGAAGAUCCGAUUCGGCAGUGGUGAUCCCGUCCUUUCGAUCGGGACAGUCACGGUCCGUACCUCCUUCGGCCCGAUCGACUUCCACGUCGUACCCGCGGAUACCCCGUUUCUCCUGUGCCUUCACGAUAUGGAUCGCCUUCACAUUCAAUUCGACAACCUGGCCAACUACCUGUGA